CUGAGCCUAUUAUGGCCCAACCCGUUUUCUGCUAGUUUUGAAGCCCCAUUUCGUCUCGUAAAGCGCUUCAGCAUAAACACGCAGAAAAUUUUCCUACCAGCGCGUUUUACGAGUGCUUCCUAGGAAUCGAUAAUCUCGCCCUAACACACACACACACAUACAAAAACACAUACCUCCAAGAUGCCUACCAUCAAGCUGCAGUCGUCGGACGGGGAGAUUUUCGACACGGACGUACAGAUCGCCAAAUGCUCCGGCACCAUCAAAACGAUGCUGGAAGAUCUGGGCAUGGACGAGGGGGACGAUGAGGUCGUGCCGCUGCCGAACGUCAACUCGGCCAUCCUGCGCAAGGUGCUACAGUGGGCCACCUUCCACAAGGAUGAUCCGAUCCCGGUCGAGGACGACGACAGCAAGGAAAAGCGCACCGAUGACAUCAGCUCGUGGGAUGCCGACUUCCUGAAGGUGGACCAGGGCACCCUGUUCGAGCUGAUCCUGGCCGCGAACUAUCUGGACAUCAAGGGGCUGCUGGACGUGACCUGCAAAACGGUGGCGAACAUGAUCAAGGGCAAAACCCCGGAAGAGAUUCGCAAAACGUUCAACAUCAAGAACGACUUCACGCCGGCCGAGGAGGAGCAGGUCCGCAAGGAGAACGAGUGGUGUGAGGAGAAGUAGUAGUGUGGCGGCGGCAGCGGCGUCUCUUUUGCUUGUUUCUGUGCAGGGUUUGCAGCUAUAUCUAUGCGCUCCGGGGUCGGGUGAUUGUGUUUCGUGUCCAAUAAGCAUACGUUAUACCUUCAUGUAGAUCGAUAAUCCAUCUGAUUGGUUAACUAAUUUUUUUGUACCACCAUACUUGAAUUUUUAUUUUACUCGGUUCUAUGAAGUGGAACAUGAAUAAACGCGUUUCUGCUACAUAAAACACAAGCAAA